AUGGUGGCGACGUACGCCGUGACGACGCACCUGCUGAACGCGCGCGCCGCCAAGCACCGAAACGGAGUGAAGCCGAAGGGUUACGCGAGCAUCGCGACGUACGCGACCGAGGCGGACGACGACAGUCGCGCGACGUUGGCGCGCAGCACGCUCGCGUCGUCGGACGUCGACGACGCCGACGCCGACAGCCCGCUGCGCGGCGGCCGACGCUUCGAGCUGACGCCGAUGUUCAGCGCUCGCCAGGAAGCGCUGCCAUCGUCUGUAGAGUCGUCGGACGUCGGCUCGUCGCCGACGCACUCGCCGCUAAAGAAGUCGAGCAGCGACAACUACGCCGUGCAGCGGCUGUUGCUAUGGCGACCGGUGCGCGCGCGCGUGCUGCUUCCGUCGCGCAGCAUGACGGCCGUCGAGCAGCAGAGCACGUCGUUUCUCUACGUGCCCGACUCGCCGCAGCGCGGCGGCGGCCGCGGCGCCGACAACGCAGCCGCCGUCGCUGCCGGCGCCGACGAGCUGUUCGACCUGCGGUCGGUGUGCACCGUCGACGACGAACGCGAGCAGACGCCGCCGCUGCACGCCGCCCGCUACCCGCUGCUCGCCGCCGCCGGAGGGCAGCACCCGCGCGGCGAGCCGCCCCACGCUAACAACCACGCGGCGGCAAACGCGUGCGGCGCGAAGCGCGACAGGAAGACGAAGAAGGAGAAGCGCAAGGAGAAGACGCGCGGCGGUCGCGCACACGUGCGCAACAGCUCGAAGCUGAUGCACAUCGUCAACUCGAAGAGUCGCAACGAGCGCAAGGCGUCGCAGACGCUCGGCAUCAUCUUCGCCGUCUUCAUGGUGCUCUGGUGUCCGUUCUUCGUCAGCUACGUGAUGGAGGCCGUCUGCACGCCGUGCCGCCGCCACAUCAGCAUUGACAUGAUCUCGGCGUUCACGUGGCUCGGCUACUGCUCGUCGAUGGUCAACCCGUUCAUAUAUUCGAUGUUCAAUCGACAGUUCCGCGCCGCCUUCGGCCGCAUCAUGACGUGCAGGUGUCGCGAGUUCCAAGAGGCGAAGAUGUCAACGACGUACGUGACGAGUACGUACGCAUAG